AUGUAGCUGUUUCAAAUAAAUCAUACGCUAUUAGCGUCUUAGUCUAGCGUGGUAUUCGUGCAAAAUUGUGAAAAUAGUUAUUUAUUAGUGACGAAUAUAGUUUUGCAGUGAUUAGUUGAUAUAUUCAAACAAAUUCGUUGAUAUCCAACGUUUACAAUUAAAAUAACAUUUCGGAAUAAAAUUACACAAUAGCUAUUUUAGAACAUGGUUCAAGAUAAUGGAACUAUAAAAAACUAACGGAAAUAUGUAUUGUACAUUAAAAUAAGUUACAGUGAAGUGAAAACCCACAAAAAAAACGUUACAAACAUCAAGAAAACCAAACGAAAAAUAUUUUCAUAUUUGAUAAGCUAACAGCGCCAUCUAGGCUUCAGUUUUGGAACUAAUCAGUGACGUAAACAAGAAAAUGUACGGACUAUACAUCAUCUUCGGUGUGAUCAACAUCCUGGCCAUCAUCAAUGACUACAAUAUACCUAAUACGCCUGAAUUGAGGGACAUAAGGGUCAGAAGGAGCGCGCAAAUUGAACCGUAUACUACAGGAGAUAAGGGUCACAAUUCGAAUCUCGAUGUAAAAAGAAUUUUCAAUGGACAGUACUUUAAGGAACGGGUUAAGAGAAAUUACCCGGUAUACCCGCAAACCGGAUAUGUGAAUCAAGUUAACACAUCAUGGAAUUAUGGAAAUUCCUACCCGGGUUAUUAUAACGGGAAUAUGAAUACAUCCGGAUCAAACGGAUAUAACACCGCGAGUGGAAGCAACCCAAACGGCGUUUACUACAACGGUUAUCCGGGUGUUCCGUAUUAUCGACAAAAUCCGAAUAACAAUACGUACCCGGGUUAUCGGUAUCCGAUUUAUGCACCGUAUCCGAACAAUACAGAUGCAAAGUACAACGUAUACUAUCCUAGCUAUGCUCAGUUUCUAAACAACACAUACCCGGGAUUCAACGUAAACCCGGGCAACGGCACAUACCCGGGUCAUGACGGGACUCCGCGUAACCAAUAUAGCACAAAUCCUGCCAACAACCCAUACCCAGUUUACAGCCGAAACCCGGGCAAAAACCCAUACCCGGUUUACCCCCAAAACCCGGGCUACAAUCCAUAUCCGGGUUCCAGCUCAAACGCUAACUAUAAUGCAAACACGUACAGCCCGUACAGCCCAGGAUAUCCCACACCCGUCCCAGCAGCCGGAUAUAGCGCACCGAACGUUACGUCGACAACGCCUCGCAUCGACAAAUCUUGCAUAAUAUGCAACAUAGGGUGUCCACAGUUCAUGAAAAGGAUGGGAAUACUUUGCGUCAAUGACGACGACGACUACAGUUAGUGACCAUACAUGAUUGAUUAUUGAGGAUAUAUUUUUCAUUAAUUUUAUAUUUGUAAAUGAUAUUUCGCACUAUGCUUCAGAGAAGGAAGAGCAGUGACAAAUAACUUUUAGAUGAUAACUGAAUUAAAAUUAAUGUGCCUAAUUGACUGACGUAAUUAAAUUCCAAUUCUAUUUCCAAUGGUGGUUAAGAAUUACUUAUAUUACUCAUGGUUGUAGUUAUAAUAAUUAGAUUGCGAUUUACUGUACAGGAUAAUUUUGACAUUGCUUUAAUAGCGCUAGAGUUUAGAUGAAAAUUACCCUCAAGCAUUCGCUGUUUGGUACAUGCUGAUCUAGAUCCUAUAGGCACUGUUGUGAUGGGACUUAUGCCAUCCACACUGGGCUAGUAACUGAGUACUUGUGUUUUUAGGUAUUACUUAAUAAAAUUGUAUAAUUAUUUCUUAUGUUUACCUGAAUGUUAGACUUUAAAAUAAAACUAUUUUUCAGGUGACUACUCAGUGACCCCAACUUUAUUUUCCCCCUAUUUAAUAAGUAGUUAAAUUUAUUGUAAAUUAUGUUUACUAGCCAACCUGCGGCCAAUAAUGUUUUCAAAAUCCUCUAAAUACAGUGUAGAAAGAACUGCUUAAUAGUUUUAUCUUUAUGUUUAACACAUCCAUGUGCGACAUUAAUUUAAUUGCAUUUUGAUUGAAUAAAUAAUUUUAUUUGA